GUACCAAACAUUAAAGCACGAAAGUACGAAAGCACGUCGUGUUGAAUACUUAACCCAAUUCCUUCCGUAGCAACUAGAAGGAGCUUCUUCUAUACAACGCCGAAAUGCAAGCGGAGCAGUGAAACAACUUUGAUAGUUGCCGUUAUACACGGUAGCAACUAUAACGUUAACAACCGUAACCGUGUGGCGACUUCUUAGACUUCUUACUUUUUACUUCUUUUUCCAUUCUCCAUUCUCCAUUUUCCCAUUUUCCAUUUCCAAUGUUGUAUUGCUUGAGCAUCUUUUAUAAUUUAGCAUGAACUCUUUCAAGUUAUUUCGCUUAGCAGAGAUGCAUCACUAGUUCGCUGCAUUCCAUUAAUGAGUCUCGCAUUAAUACUUCCCACCUGCAUCCACAUCCAGCCUUACUUCGUUAUACCUAGCCUUGCCAUAUUUCACAUGCGCAACACGCAACACGCAACACUCAACAGAUUAUAACUUGAUAGACACGAGACUAUGAAAAAUGAUUAGUGGCCGAGGAGGUUCCAUGAUGCGAGGUGGCCGUAUUCGGCCUCCUCGAAGGCCCUCUGGACGAGUUCUCGUGGUUCCUGAUGAUCCAUGAAACCACUCCGUCGCCUACGAACCAGUCUAGUAAUACCGACGAAUUUGAACAGUGCUGGGAGAAGCUCCGCCAAGCCUUGCGCGAUAUACAUCUGCGUAAUGCUGGCAAGCUUUCCUUCGAACAACUCUACCGAUAUUCGUAUAAGAUUGUGCUUAAAAAGGCAGGCCAUAAGCUUUAUGAUAGGGUCAAGGAAUUCGAAGAACAAUGGUUUGCGGACGAGGUGAUACCUCCUAUACGGAGUCUCAUUACCAGCAACUUCAUUAGCGUUACGCUCGAAGAAGUCACCGGAACAAGCGUAGUGGAACGACGUGCUAUGGGUGAGAAGUUUAUAAAGGGGAUUCGCACCUCGUGGGAAAACCACAACUUUUCGAUGAACAUGAUUGCCGAUGUCCUUAUGUACCUUGAACGCGGUUAUGUUCAGGAUCAUAGCAGACCCUCGAUUUAUACCACAACCAUCGGUCUGUUUCGCGAUCAUAUCCUCAAGUCAACCCUCAAACAGAACGGGGUUGACUACCCUAUAUUCGAUAUUCUUAAUGCCACUAUCAUUGACCAGAUCAACAUGGAAAGAGAGGGUGAUGUUAUUGAUAAGGCGUUGCUUCAUAGUUGUGUUUCGAUGUUUGAGGCUCUCUUCGAAACGGACGAAGAAAAUGACAAUGAGCAGCUUUAUGUGACUACCUUCCACCCCACCUACAUCAACAGCAGUGAGGCCUUCUACCGGACCGAGUGCGAAAAGCUUCUUCGUGAGGGCGAUGCCAGCGCGUGGCUUAGAUAUACUCAGAGACGUCUCGCUGAAGAGGCCGAACGAUGUCAGACCACGGUUUCUCCAUUAUCUCUACAGAAGAUCACGCAAGUAGUCGAACAGGAAUUAAUUGUCAAACAUAUGGAUGAAUUCCUUGGUAUAGAAGGAAGUGGUAUCAAUGCGAUGCUUGACAACGACAGGCUCGAGGAUCUUAGCAUUCUUUACCAGCUCAUAUCGCGUGUCGAUCCGAAAAAGGCGGUCUUGCGCAAGGCUCUUUCUAUCCGGGUUAUCGAACAAGGUACCGAAAUAGAGCAGACACUCAAGAAUACCGAUUUCAGCAUAGCGCAACAAGCAGAUGCAGAGGAGCCAGCAGAUGGCGCAGAAAAGUCCAAACCGAAGACGUUGAAUGCUGCAGCGCAGCAAACUGCAGCCGCUAUCAAAUGGGUUGAUGAUGUCUUGGUGCUCAAAGAUAAGUAUGAUGGAUACUGGAGAACAUGUUUCGAAGAGGAUCUCAUCUUACAGACGGCAUUAACGAAGAGCUUCGCCGACUUCAUCAACGCAUUCAAUAGAAGUUCGGAAUAUGUCUCGCUUUUUAUUGAUGACAAUCUCAAACGAGGUAUUAAAGGCAAGACUGAGGCUGAAGUUGAUAUUGUCCUCGACAAGGCGAUAACUCUGCUUCGAUAUCUCGGCGAGAAGGACAAGUUCGAGCAGUAUUACCAAAAACAUCUAGCCCGUCGAUUAUUACAUGCCAAAUCCGAAAGUCAAGAGGUCGAGCAAGAGAUGAUUUCACGCAUGAAGCGAGAGCUAGGUAAUAAUUUCACACAGAAAUUUGAGGGUAUGUUUAGAGAUAUGCGUACCUCUAAAGAGGAGACAGAGAAUUAUCGCGAUCAUAUCCGCGGCCUUGGCGAUGUGGAUGAGAAACAUAUCGAGUUCAACAUCAGUGUUCUUGCCGGCAACAAUUGGCCCAAGGAAAUCAUGGGUCGCACUGGCCUCGCAGAUGGGUCCAGAGGCAAGAUCAUCUAUCCACGUGAGAUCCAGGGACUUCAAGAUAGUUUCUUUAAGUUCUACAGUCUAAACCGUAACGGUCGCGUUCUCACUUGGGUCGCAAGCGCAGGGAGUGCGGAUAUUAAAUGCGUAUUUCCAAAGAUUCCUGGCAAGGCCUCUGGACCCCUCAGCAAAGAGCGUCGCUACGAACUCAACGUGUCAACAUAUGGUAUGAUUGUGCUCAUGCUUUUUAACGACGUCGCCGAAGACGAGUGGCUAUCGUUUGAGCGUAUCCAAGAAGAAACGAACAUCCCACAGUCUGAUUUAAUUAAUGUGUUGACAUCACUGUCGGUGAUUAAAGCAUACCGCAUUCUCCUAAAGGAGUCGCAGACAAAAGCAGCGGCUAAACCUGGCGAUAGAUUUACAUUCAAUCGCGAGUUCACUAGCAAGGCAAUCAAGAUUAAGGUGCCUUCGGUAAAUGCUGCUAAUAGGGUAGAAAACGACGAAGAACGCAAGGAGACAGACCAGAAAAAUGAAGAGACAAGAAUGUAUGUCACUGAUGCUGCUGUCGUCCGUAUAAUGAAGCAACGUAAGGAGCUUGGCCAUUCCCAGCUCAUUACAGAAGUUAUCCAGGUCCUGGCCAGCCGGUUCAAGCCAGAUAUCCCGCUUAUUAAGCGUCGAAUUGAAGCAUUAAUAACCCGCGAAUACCUUGAUCGAGCAGAGUUAGCCGAUGGCUCUCCGGCCUACCAAUAUGUAGCCUAGUGACUUAUAAAUCUCAUUCCCCAGAGAUUGGCGCCAGAGGGCUCAAUAGCGCAGUGGUCUUAUAAGGAAGAUUAAUCAAGUCCUUAGCCAGAAGACACUCGCAAAAGUGCGCGCAGUGACGUUGUAUAUAAUCUUUACGAGCUUAGCAGAUUCGUGUUCCCUCGAAUGGGCACCGCGUCUCGACCACAAUUAUUCCGCAGCU